AUGGGCGAAGGCGGCACAUAUUUUGAGCGCCUUAGACCGGUACCCAACCAGCCACCCACAUGUAUGGGCAGGGAGCCACCAGUGUAUAGCCUCUCAGCUAGCAUCCAGAAGCAGCCGGGUAUGUCCAAUCCUAUGGACGAUCUCAAGCAGAACAACCUGGAGGAGUUCAAGAACUUCCAAGCCAAAACCAUCAGGAUAUGUGCAGAGAUGAGCAUGCUGGCAAUCGAGACAACUCCUACCACGUAUCAGUGUAACGUGGAAUUAUUGCACAGCUCCGUGGUGUCCUAUUUUUCUUCCGCACACAAACUCGUCUGUGCCUCCGACAAUCGAUCUAUGCUGGAGCUCGUAGGGUGCUCCAUCAUACAGACAACCAAGAUGGCUCAGGACUGGCUACCUGAGGACUGGGACGUCCAGAUCAAUGCCAACAAGCUCCUGGGACCAGUAUCUAUUUGUGACGGAGAUAGCUGUAUCCCAGCCCAGCCCUGGCCUCAUGCUCCCACCAGCCAGCCUGCAGGAACUGGAUCUAUGUUGAUGGCUGAGUGGCAGGAGGAGAUUCAACAUCUCAAGGACUAUAUUUCUGCUACCACAUUUGUCAACUCUCAUCUUUUGGCAAAAUCGGUGGGGCACGAUCAGUUAUCACCCAAAUAA